AUGAAGCAAAAGAAAAAAAAAUAUACUUCUCAAGAAAUAAAAAAUGAACAAGAAGAAGAAGAGCAAAAUGAAAAGGAAGAAAAUAAAAUUGAAGAAGUUAAAAACAAAGAUGAUGACGAAAUAAUAACAGAUAUAUAUAAAAAUAACAAACAAAAAAUAAACACGCUUCAACAAAAUAACGAUGAUGCAAAGAGAAACUUAAGUAAUUUAUUGAGCUUAUAUAAUUCUAGCGAAGAUGAGGAAGAAGAAAAGGAAAAUUCAAAAAAUAAUCAAGAUGAAGAUAAUAUAUGUGAUGAUAAUAUAUGUGAUGAUAAAAUAUGUGAUGAUAAAAAAUGUGAUGAUAAAAUAUGUGAUGAUAAAAUAUGUGAUGAUAAAAUAUGUGAUGAUAAAAUAUGUGACAAUAAAAUAUGUGACAAUAAAAUAUGUGACAAUAAAAUAUGUGACAAUAAAAUUUGUGACAAUAAAAUAAGUGACAAUAAAAUAAGUGACAAUAAAAUAAGUGAUGAUAAUAAUAUUAAAUGUACAUAUCAAAAUAAUGAAUCAACGUCUAUUAUAAAAAACAAAAAGAAUAUAAAUGAUAAAAAAAUUGAUAGUAAACAAAAUACAUCUAAUAAUUUAUCUCCUAUAAAUAAUAUAAAUAAUGAUAUACAUAAAUAUCCUCAAAAUCAAUACAAUCAUAUAUAUACCAACCAACCUAAUAUUUGUCAUAAUAUGAAUAAUAAUUAUUACUCACAAAAUACAUAUCAAAAUGAGAACUAUUAUUAUCAAUAUUUAAAUUACCCUCAUCCGGCUAAUUUUAAUAUGAUGAUGAAUAGUACAAAUCCGAUACCAUAUAAUAAUAAUAAUAUAUAUAUAAAUAAUAAAUCAAAAAAAAAUAAUUUUAAUAAUUUAGGGUUUUCUAAAAAUAAAGAAAUGAAUAUAGAUAUUAAUAAAAUCCCUGUUAUUGAUCAGAGAGAAAUUUUAAGUGAUUGGAAACCAAAUAUAAUACAAGAAGAAAAAAAAAGUCAAAAAUAUACCAUAAAAACAAAGGUAUAUAAUCCAGUUAAUAAUACUUUUGAUAAAGCAAUAAUUCAUGGAAAAAAUCAAAAAAGAAAACAUCAAAUUAAUUGGCUAGCCAAAGAAGCAGUCGAAAAGGAAUAUGAAAUUUUGCAAAAGACAAACAACAAUAAAAGAAGAACAACAAGUGAAAAAUAUGGAUGGUAA